AUGAUUUAUUACUAUCAUGAUAUUGACGAUAAGUGUCAGCCACCUAAAUACGACGAAGAGUACGAUGUCAUUGUUGUUGGUACUGGAGCAGCAGGCCUGACAGCUGCCUUAACUGCUACUCUUUCAGGGCGUCAAAAAGUUCUCGUCACUGAAAAGACAAAAUGGUUUGGUGGGACAUCGGCAUACUCAGGAGGAGCUCUUUGGGUUCCCAUGAAUCACGUUGCAUCAGCCGCAGGCUUGAAGGAUUCGGCGGGAAAAGCUGAACUAUACCUUCGGAACUACCUGAAGGAAGACUACGAAGAUGUCAAGCCUAUGGUGUCUGCAUAUCUGGAAUCAGCUCCGGCGAUGGUCAGGUUCUUGGAAGACAAUUCCGCAACAAAGUUCGUGGCUGCACCAACCCCGGACUACUACAUGGAACUUGAGGGUGCUUGCAAGGCGGGAAGGACAGUAUUGAAUGCUCCAUACGACGGCCGUAGGCUAAGAAGCAUGGUGAAGCAGAUAAGGUAUCCUCUACAGGGCUACUGCGCCUUCGGUUCAUUGCAGGUCGAUCUCCUUGCACUGAAUACUUGGAGACAGCCGUUCAGGAAAUGGCAAAACUUUUCAGCGGUUACUAAAGGAGUCCUUCGAUACGCUUCUGACCGAGUGCGAUGGGGCAAAGGUACUGAGCUAUGUAACGGCAAUGCGCUAGUUGGACGGCUGGUUGAGAAGGCUAUACAAUCUGGUAUACAGCUCUGGAACAACGCGCCAGCUGUACAGCCUCUGCUGGAGAAAGGCCGAGUCGUGGGAAUGGUGAUCAGCAAAGACGGCCGAGAAGUAAAAGUCCGGGCGAGGCGAGGAGUAAUUCUCGCAAGUGGUGGAUUUGCACGGUCCAGCGAACUCAGCCGUAAAUAUCUAUCGAAUCCAGAUUGGACGAUCAGCCCUCGCGGUAACGUGGGUGACGGGAUGCGAUUUGGCCUCGCAAGUGGAGGAAACUUACCUGCUCCUCUUGGUGAAAAUGCCGCUCUAUGGUCGCCUAUUUCCAUACUUCGUUCUCCGAAAGGGCCUGCUCGAUCAUAUCCUCACUUUGCUACAGCCAUCACGAAGCCAGGUUCCAUCAUGGUCGACAGCGAUGGUAAAAGAUUUGCAAACGAAGCAGCUUCAUACCAGGAUCUAGGCCGUGCGACCCACGAAGCUGGUAUCCGGGUGUCAUACUUAAUUGGAGAUAAACGUCACCUUCGAAACUAUGGAAUGGGGAUGGCAUUGCCUGGAGGCUACCCUAUCAAGCAUCUUAUCAAACGUGGCUAUCUAAUUACGGCUUCUAGUAUUCCUGCCCUUGCACAAAGGAUCGGGAUAGAUCCCACUAACCUAUCUGCGACUAUUGAGCGAUUCAACAACUUCGCUCGUAAUGGCAAAGAUGACGAUUUUGGUCGGGGACAAGGGUCAUUUGAUCAAGCCUACGGUGAUUUCGAGAUCAAGCCAAAUCCGAGCCUUGCACCCAUUGAGAAGAGCCCAUUCUAUGCGCUGACUCUUUACUCUGGAAAUGGGAUCACCAUGUACGGAUUAGAUACGAACAAGGAUGGGCAGGUCUUGAAGGCGUCGGGUGAACCAGUUCCUGGUCUAUACGCCAUAGGUGCCGACUCGAAUCAUUUCUUGAAAGGGCGUUAUCCUUCUGGCGGGUUGACGUUGGGGCCAUCAAUGGUGUUUGGGUAUCGCGCAGGUCUUCAUAUUGUAAAGUAG